AUGCCAGCGUAUGACAAUGAGGGGGCGACGAUAUCCAUGGAGGAUGUCAGGCCUCCAGAACAGCCGAUCACUAUCAGCACCAUUGAAGAGGAGCUCAUUGCCAGAAGACACAAGAUGUUCAAGACACAGAAGUCCACUGUUGCUUCCAGAAAACAACAGGCGGUGUGCGUCAGAAGGGCUCACAAGAGAUAUGGAACACAGAAGAAUCCUAAUAUUAUUCUAGAUGGUCUGAACAUGACAGUUCCUAAGGGAUCUAUAUAUGGUCUUCUCGGAGCAUCAGGGUGUGGAAAGACCACCUUACUAUCCUGUAUAGUGGGCAGACGAAGACUGAACUCUGGUGAAAUCUGGGUGCUAGGUGGAAAACCUGGCAGUCCUGGAAGCGGAGUACCUGGACCCAGGAUUGGGUAUAUGCCUCAGGAAAUUGCCUUAUUUGGCGAGUUUUCCAUUAGGGAGACCCUAAUUUACUUCGGAUGGAUAGCCAACAUGCCGACUAAGGAGGUGGAGGAGAGAAUUGAUUUCUUGAUCCAGUUGCUUCAGCUGCCUAACCCCACCAGACAAGUGAAAAACUUAUCCGGAGGUCAACAAAGGAGGACAUCGUUGGCUGCAGCGCUGAUACACGACCCUGAGCUGUUGAUCCUGGAUGAACCGACUGUCGGAGUGGACCCUGUUUUACGACAAAGCAUCUGGGACCACUUGGUAGACAUCACUAAAGGUGGUCGAACCACUGUCAUCAUCACGACUCAUUAUAUUGAUGAGACAAAGCAAGCUGAUAUUAUCGGACUCAUGCGAGGUGGUAGAUUCUUGGCAGAAGAAUCACCAACAGAACUAAUCCGCCGAUACCAGGGCGAGAGUUUAGAAGAUGUAUUCUUGAAGCUGUCAGUUCUACAGAACUUGGGCAAGAGGAGGCGAUCCAGCAUCCUCGCUGAUGUGGUGGAAAGGGUGGAGCUUCCUGCGAUACCAAAUCCAGCAGCAGUCGACUUAGAAGAAGCAGAAAUUGGUGAAAUAUCUGGAGAAUUCGGUGACAACGUGUCCAUGAGCAGUAAGGGUCGAGUGGUGGUGACUCCUGAGCUGAUCAACCCCAUAGAAGCCAUGCCUCCAGAAGAAAAGCCGAGAAGGAGUAUGGAAAUGUACAUGCCGAUGAAAUGGCAUCACAUGAAGGCAUUGAUAUGGAAGAAUUUCUUGAGUUUGUUUAGGAAUUUUGGCGCCCUUGCCUUCCUCCUCGGUCUCCCAGUCUCUCAAAUGAUAUUUUUCUGUGUCGCCAUUGGUCACUACCCUGUCGGCUUACCGAUAGCUGUGGUGAACUAUGAAGUUAACUCCACGGAUCCUCUCUGCGACUAUAAUAAAAACGUGUGUCCUCAAGAUCCUAAUACGUACGAAUGGAAUCUAACGAGAUUUAGUUGUGAAUAUUUGGACUUUUUGUCGAAGAGACAAUCUAAUUUGAUUUCAUACCCAACCAAAGAGAUAGCAAUGAAUGAGGCCCAACAUGGUAAAGCGCGAGUGGUGCUGGUAUUCCACUCCAACUUCUCCGAGUCUCUGCAGCUGAGGAUCACGGACCCCAGACAUACAAACAAAUGGACUGUCCAGAAUUCCGAUAUUGAAACCCAUAUGGAUGAUACUGACAAGCAAGUGGAAUGGAUGUUGUCAAGAGACAUACAGCUGGCCUUCAUGGAAGCUACGGAACACCUGGCUAAAGUCUGCGACCUGCCCCCAAGGAUCAUGUCCAUACCAGUCACCUUCAACAAACCAAUUUAUGGUUUGGAGGUGCCCAACUUGA